GAAAACCUGAAAACGGAACUGAAGCAGCUGCUCUGUGUCUUGCCCCAAAGAGGCAGCUGCUGGAGGGGCACCGGGUGUGGACUUAAAGAACUGAAGCUGGGAGCUCGAAUCAGCAGUAAAGAUGUGGAAGUCUGUGGUGGGGCAUGAUGUAUCUGUUUCCGUGGAGACCCAGGGUGAUGACUGGGACACAGACCCUGACUUUGUGAAUGACAUCUCUGAGAAGGAGCAGCGGUGGGGAGCCAAGACCAUCGAGGGCUCUGGACGCACAGAGCACAUCAACAUCCACCAGUUGAGGAGCAAAGUGUCUGAGGAGCAUGACAUUCUCAAGAAGAAAGAGUUGGAGUCAGGUCCUAAAGCAUCCCAUGGCUAUGGAGGUCGGUUUGGAGUGGAAAGAGACCGGAUGGACAAGAGUGCUGUGGGCCAUGAGUAUGUUGCUGAUGUGGAGAAACACUCUUCACAGACUGAUGCUGCCAGAGGCUUUGGGGGCAAAUAUGGAGUUGAGAGGGACAGGGCAGACAAGUCAGCAGUGGGCUUUGAUUACAAGGGAGAAGUGGAAAAGCAUGCAUCUCAGAAGGAUUACUCUCAUGGCUUUGGUGGCCGCUACGGGGUAGAGAAGGAUAAACGGGACAAAGCAGCUCUAGGAUAUGACUACAAAGGGGAGACGGAGAAGCACGAGUCUCAGCGAGAUUAUGCCAAGGGCUUUGGUGGCCAAUAUGGAAUCCAGAAGGACCGAGUGGAUAAGAGUGCUGUUGGCUUCAAUGAAAUGGAGGCCCCAACCACAGCGUAUAAAAAGACUACACCCAUAGAAGCAGCUUCCAGUGGUGCCCGUGGGCUGAAGGCAAAAUUUGAGUCCAUGGCUGAGGAGAAGAGGAAGCGAGAAGAAGAAGAGAAGGCACAGCAGAUGGCCAGGCAGCAACAGGAGCGAAAGGCCGUGGUAAAGAUGAGCCGAGAAGCUCAGCAGCCAUCAGAGCCUGUGGAGCAGCCAGCAGUGCCAGCCCCAUUGCCCAAGAAGAUCUCCUCAGAGGUCUGGCCUCCAGCAGAGAGUCACCCACCACCGGAACCUGAGCCAAUGAGAAGCAGAAGAGAACACCCUGUGCCUUCUGUACCCAUGAUGCAGACUCCACCACAGAAUCCCCCGGAGGACAAUGAGGAGCCCCCAGCUCUGCCCCCUAGGACCCCAGAAGGCCUCCAGGUGGUGGAAGAGCCAGUGUAUGAAGCCGAGCCUGAGCAUGAGGCUGAGAAUGACUAUGAGGACGUGGUGGAGCUCGGUCGGCAGGAGGAGGAAGCAGAGGGAGACUAUGAGGAUGUGCUGGAGCCUGAGGGAUCGUCAGCCGGGGCUGGUGGUCCAGGGACCUCAGCUGUAGCCCUGUAUGAUUACCAAGGAGAGGGAAGCGAUGAGCUUUCCUUUGAUCCAGAUGACAUCAUCACUGACAUUGAGAUGGUGGAUGAAGGCUGGUGGCGGGGCCGUUGCCAUGGCCACUUUGGACUCUUUCCUGCAAACUAUGUCAAGCUCCUCUAGUGACCAGCCCCAUUGUCUUUUGCUGCUGAUUUUCCAUGUUCAAAUUGUCUCUCCUCCCUCUUCCCACUCCACAGUACUGCCGAAAGGAACCAAUAGAAUGCCAUGAGACCCCUGAGGUUCAGACAAACCUCCCUCUCCUGCUCCACCAAGAGCUUUAGGUAGAGCCAGCAUGAGGCAGGGGCCUUCCCUCUGUGUCCACUCUUCCCUAGAGCAGCUCAUGGAAUCUAUCACCUGUGGUCCUGUCUCCUUCACCAACACCCACUAUGCUCUCUUCCCUCUGGGUGCUGGCAUUCCUCUGUGUGCUAGCCUUGAAGGAAGCUCUCACCAGGCAUCCUGAUUUGCCUGUUUGUGCUUUUUGCUCUUCUGUUUAGUCCUAAAACAGAAAAUAAAGAGAGACCAUGGCUUA